AUGUCUUCCAACAAUCCCAACUACACGUACCCGCCGCGCCCGCAACAGCAGCAACAGCAGCAUCAGCAGCAUCAGCAGCAGCCCCAGCAGCACCCCUCGAUCCAGAACCACACCCACAUCCAGCAGAGCUUCUCGCAGCAGGGCAACUACGGCGUAAGUAGAGGAGGUGGUGGUGGUGGUGGUGGUGGAGACGUCGGCAGUGGUGGAGGAGGAGGAGGAGGAGGAGGUGCAGCUUCGGCAAGGGCGGAAUAUGCGGCAGAGAGAUGGCCCGAUUACGGGGCUCCGCAGCAGCACCAUGGACAGUACUCGCCGGGGCUCCAGCACGUCCAGGGUAUGGCGUCGUUGGGGGGUGCAGUGUCACGCCCGAGUUCUCGUACAGCGGAUGUAGCACCUUCGUCCAUUAACUCGAGGACAUCCACCGCUAGCCCGGUACCGGGCCGCGCAGUGGGCACUUUCAAUGGCGGAGGCAGCAGUGGCGGAGGAGGCGUGGGUGUGGGAAUGGCAGUAGCAGGAGGAGGUGGUGGGGGAGGCUACGACCAAUACACCGGCGCGCACUAUCAACCGCAACCAUCGGCCACCACCGCUACCGCAACCCAGGGGAGCUCGCGGACCGUGACUGCGGGCGCUAGUUUUGGCGGCUACAGCAACUACGGGCCCCACUACACGCAGCCACAGCCGCCCACAACCAUCGCCGAGAUGCAGCAGCAGCAGCAGCUGCGCACGGCACCGCAGCAGCGAGUGGCGGCGCCAGAGUAUAUCGACUACACUGCCGCUGCUGCUGCUGCCCCCUCUGCCCACACGCACACGCACACGCACACGCACACCCACACCCCUGCAACAACCGCGUCGCAGAACUACACGCCGUUGUACCAGACUGCAGACUCGAUCCGCACGCAGCAGGCAACGUCCCUGUACACGCCCACGCCCGUGUACCAGAACGCUGCCGCUGCCGCCGCCACCGCCGUCCCAUCGUCCUAUGAGGGCACAUACACACCCGUGGACCCGCAACCCCAACGGCAGCAGCAGCAGCAGCAGCACCGUCCACGACAGCCCCAGGCCCAGCCUGCCGCCCCCGCGCAACAGCCCGCGAAGCAGAAACAGCAGCAGCCCCGCGCCCCCCAAUUCCAACCCGUGAACCAGCAGCAGUCCCAAUUCCAGGCCGCGAAGUCACAGCAAUACCAGCAGCAGCAGCAACAGCCCGCGCCUGCCGCAAUGACGCAGUACAGCAAUGCUUUUUCCCAGUCGCAGCAGCAGCAACAGCAGGAGCAACCGGCGAUCCAGCGCACACCCACACCAUCGUCAGUCGCAGCGGCGCCGUACCACCAGCCGACGCCCGUGCUCUCGCCCCAGAUCCAACACACGCACGUCACGCCGUCGCAGCUGCAAUCCCCGCAGCUGCAAUCCCCGCAGCUGCACUCCCCGCAGAUACAAACACAGUCCCCGCACCAGGCCCCCGCCCAACCCCAGGUCCAACCCCAGAUCCAGCAACACCAACACCAAUACCAAGCCCCCCCACCCCCCUCCGAACCCCCCGCCCAGCAAAAGGCCAAGCCAAAACCCCGCGCUAAGAAGCCGCAAGACACGGGCCUCCGCGGCAAGACCUGGGAGCCGACAAUGCCCAUGCUCUACCGGCAGGCAGUGCACCAGAGCCACAACUACAUGCCCUCCGAGUCGCCGGCACGCGGCGGCGGCGGUGUCAAGACGAUUGAUCCGCAGCGGGAGCAGGAGCAGCGCCAGCUGAUUGAGGCCCAGGCGAAGCGGAUCGAGGCGGAGAUGCAGGCGGACCUGCAGGCAAGGAAGCAGGCGGAACAGAGGGCGCAGUAUGAGCGGCAGCAAGCGGAGCAGCGGGCGUAUCAGGAAGCGCAGCAGCGGGCACAGGAAGCGCAGCAGCGGGCGCAACAGGAGGUGCAGGAGCGCGCCCAGCAGGAGCAGCAAGCUCGCCACCAGGAGGAGCUACAGGCCCAGCAGCUGAAGGCGGAACAGGAGGCACAGCUGCAGCUGCAGGAGCAGGAGAAUGUGCGCGCGCUACAGGCCCGCCAGCGGCAACUUGAGCAGCAGGCGGAGCAGGAGGCGCAUCAGAUGCAGGCACGAAUGGAGGCCCAGCAGCGCCAGGCCGACCUACAAGCCCAGCAGCAGGCCGAGCAGUACUCCCAAGCACCCCCGCAGCAGGCAAACCAGGCCUACCCAGAAAGCCAGAACUACCAAGCCCCGGCGCCAGAAGCGCGCCCAGCAGCGCCACCGGCGCUCAACAAGGAGCUGAUGGAAGCGCAGAUGAAGAUCAUGGUGGAGCGCAUGCGGUACUACCAGUCGGCGGACCCCAUCACGUUCCAGCAGGUGUGGGAGAACGUGCGCAAGAGCGGCGGCGGAAACAACGCCGGCGCAAUCACUAACGGCAGCGCGAACGGCGCCAUCAUGGCCAGAGACGGAAGUGCGAGUAGUAGUAGUGGUAGUGGUAGCGGUAGCGGCGAGGAGAGGAGACAGAAUAACAGUAAUGUAGACACAUUCCAGCAGCCGCAGCAACAGCAGCAGCCAGCCCAAAGUGCCAAUGCCAGUGUCCCAGCAGUUCCAGCCCCGCCGCCUGCACCAGCCCCAACCCCCCCAGCAGCAGCAGCAGCAGCAGCAGUGGUGGUACCCGCCCAGCCAGCGCCAGUGGUAGCAGCGCCGCCAGCCCAAGCCCCACUGAGGAAGUCCGGCCCCGUAGACAUAAAGACCGCGCGGGCAAUCAGUAAGUACCUGCACAAGCACGCCGGCCACAGCCCGCCGGAAGCCGCCCUCCUCGAGCACGUCCUCAGUGUCUCGAGCUUCAUAGCGCUGUGCGACAGGCUGGAGGUGAUGGGGUACAGGUUCCACCGCGGCAACUUCUCCAGGUACCUAUUAGUUGAGGUUGACGGCGACGGCGGCGCAGAAGCAGAAGCAGAAGCAGAAGCAGCGGGGGAGGGGGCUGAGAUCGGUGUGGGUGUGGGGGAGAGCCGGGUGCUGGGCGAGGUGGAGGACGACCAGGAACAGAUUCUUAGGGAGCUCAACGAGGCGCGCAGGUCGUCGCCUUCACCUGCUGCCGCUGCCGCUGCCGCUGUUGCUGUUGCUGUUGCGGGCGCGGGCGUGGACGUGGCUAGUGUCACACCUGAGCGGACGGCGGUGGCGGGGGCGGCUGGAGAGGCGGCUAUAAAAACGAAGAGGGGCAGCGGCAGGGGCAGGGGCAGGCCGAGGAAGUCCACCAAACAACCGCAAACGCAGACACAGACGCAGACACAGGGCGCGAUGCAGGCAGAGGCACCAAAGACGCCGUCUGCAGACGAGGAAGCUGCGACUGUCAGCUCUCUUCCUACGCCUACGAGCGCUGUCGCUGUGGGCUUCACUUCUACUUCCACUGCUCCUCCUCCUCCAGCGUGGCAGCAGCCAUCAUCAUCCCUCUCCCACACCACCAACAACACUACAUCCCAUCACACAAACAGCACAAGCAAGAACAACCAAUUCAUGCCCGCCCUCUCCGGCAACAUCACCUCCCACUCCCACUCCCACUCCCACUCCUCGCCCUCCCCGGAAGGCAUGUCGUCCAGCGAGUACCUCGCAAAACAAUACGUGCCCCGCCGCGCCACCCCGCAGAGCGUCAAGGCCCGCGCAGCAGCAGCAGCAGCGCCCACCCCAACCGGACGCCAGUUUGUGGCGCCGUCGCAGAUCUACCGCCCGCCGACGCCGCCAAGAAUGGUGGUUGAUCUGGAGCAAGACGUCGAGAUGCUCGACCCUGCCCCUGCCCCUGCCCCUGCCCCACCAGCGCCAGGGCCAGGGCGGCUCAUCAUAAAGCUAAAGGUUAAAAAGCCAGCCGCUCCCGUCCCAGUCCACACCCCGGUGCCGAUCCCGGCUAGCGCUACUAUCGACCUGACGGGCACUACCCCGGAGCCCCCCACACACAAAAACAACCACAACCACAUGCCUGCGUUUGGAGAGCUGCGCGAGGCGGACCUGGAGUGGGGGCAGCACACGCACGAGGCGAGCCCAGAUAAGCGCCCCGUUCUCAUCCCGAUCCCCAUCCCGCUCCCACACUCAACCCCAGCCCCAGCCCCGGCACCGGCACCGGCCCAGCGCGAACCCCUGAUCCAGCCGCUGAAGCGCGAGAAGGCGCUGGUCAAGCUCACGUACGACUCGACGACCAUCGCGCGCGACAUCCUGAUCGUCAUGGGGCGGCACCCCGAGUUCCGUGCGCUGAACGCGCAUCUGGACGCGCUGCGGUCGGUCGCGGGGAAUGAGGUUGAUCUUUCGACGAUUAGGUGGGAUCUGCUGGAUCCGGGCCCAGGGACGGGGCCGGAGAUGGUGAGUUUUGGGGGCGACAUGGCGAUGGAGGGGGGGGAUAUGGCGGAUGAUGAGGGUGAAGGUGAAGGUGGAGGUGGAGGUGGAGGUGCUGUUGCGGCGAGGGUGGCGAUGCCGGCCGCGGCGGCGAGGAGUCAGGUCAAGGGGAAGGGUGUAGUGCAGCAGGUGUCUCCCGUGGCCGUGGGAAGGGGGAGGCCGAAGAAACGGGCGAGUGGCAGUGUGCUUGGCGCUUCUGUUGCUAGCUUUGGCGCACAUGGCGGGUUUACGACUGCAGCAGGUGGGAACGGUGGUGGUGCGGGCUCGAGCAAUACGGCUCCCGCUGCCCCCGCCUCCGCCCCGGCCGAGACGCCGCGGACUCAGACUCAGACUCAGACUCAGACUCCCGCAGGAAACAACAACAACGGAGGCUCAACCGCCCGCACAGCCAGCACCCUCCGCACCGUGAUGACCCCCGACGCGGCGGCGGCCGCCGCCGCCUCCUCCCCCUCCCGCACCUUCUCCGUCGUCAUCCAAUCCCCGCGCGCGCCCACCAGCGGCGGCCCGUCGCGCCCCCCCACCAACACCCUCAAGCGCAAAUCCACCUCCCACUCCCCCGCGCCCAAAAAGCCCGCGCGCAUGCGGCGCACCAAGGCGCGCGACGACCCGCCGCCCUCGGGCUUCAAAGUCUUCAAGUGCCGCUGGGAGCACUGCCCCGCGGAGCUGCACAACUUCGAGACGCUGCACCGGCACGUGAUGGGCCACUGCAAGCUCGCGAGCUACGGCGGGUACGCGUGCCGCUGGGCGGGGUGCUCGCGCCCCGCCCCUGCUGCUGCCAAGCGCGGCGGCGGCGGCGAGUGUAGCAGGGAUUUCGAUAGCGAGGAGCUGUGGAAGGCGCAUAUGGAUGCGGCGCACCUGGACGGCGUGAGGAGCGAGCUGGGCGUGGGGCCAGCAGUGGGGCUGUAUGACCGUGAGGCGGCUGUUGCGAGCGACGUGGACUAUCUGUCUGAUAGCCGGGGGAGGCAGGUUACGCCGAUUGCGAGGCCGGCACCGCAGGGGUAUGUGUUUUUGCCGCCGCCGCAGGUGGCGAAUCGCCAUUUGGUGAGGGCGAGGAGGCUGGGGGCGGGGAUGGAGGGGGAUGAGAUGGAGGGGGUUGCGGACGCGGCGGCGGAGGCGUCGUUGAGAGUGCAGAUUAUUAGGAUGGCGCGUCCUGAUGGGGAGCGUGUUGGUGGCGGGGGUGGGGAGGGUGGGAGUGGUAGUGGUGGGCAGCAGGGCGCUGGGCAGGGGCAGCAGGCGGAGGGCCCGGAUGCGGAUGGGUGGGUGAGGCAGAUGAGGUUUACUAUCCACCGUAAUUAG